AUGCCCAGAAAGCGCGGAGCCAAGAUGCCAGGCAACUUUGUCCUAGCCAGAGACCCUUUCGCUCUGCUCCCGCCCGAGAUCACCCUCAUGAUCAUACUCGCUCUGUGGAACUUCGAGGACGUCGUACAGUUCAGCCAGACCUCCCCCCGGUUGCAUGCCAUAGCACUCGCCAUAUGGACACAGGCGUACCAGCCGCGUCCAGUCUUUGAUCGUCUCUGGUUUGUUUCCGGCAGUGACACCAUGCUCAUCGGCCCCAUCAUCCCGGAUCUCACGGCCCUCGUCAACUUCCUCCUCAACGACGUCCUCGCGGUAGAUACCACCCACCCCCUCAUCACGAGCUUGCUAGCCCAAGACCCCUCCGGGAUCACCCCGGGCCUGAUGCAACUCGUCGCCACCCAAGCCUUCGAGCCCCUCGGUUAUAACCUGUACAACCGGUCGCAGGAAACCCGCCGGCUCGUGCGCGCCCUCUACCAGGCCUGGAGCCUGAGCCUGCUAGGCCGGCCCGACGCCGUUCUCCGAUACCACACCAUGACCCUAAAAGAUCUGUUUCUGGUGAGUGGGGUCUUCGCAGCCUUCCGGGAGCCCCUCGCCCAUCUUCUGUCGGUCCCACGCGGGGAGCGCAGGCGGCCGAGCGACACCCAGCGCGUCGACACGGCCCUGAGCGACGUGACCUUUGCAACCAUGGAGCGGUUCGAGUUCGUGCACCGCGAGAUGUUCCGCCGGCGGGAUGCGGCCGAGCCUGGGUUCCGCGACGGGCUGCAGAUGCAGCUGGACGGGCUGCGCGAGCUGUGGAAGACCAAGAGCCAGGCCAUGUUCCGUGCGGUGAUUACUCAAGAUCUGUACUGGGCGGACCAGGGGAUCUUGAAUCCGGCGUCGGCGGAGGGGGUGUGGGAUGAGGAGGAGGAGGAUGAUGAUGAUGAUGAUGAUGAUGAUGAUGAUGAGUGA